AUGUUGCAUCAAGACCAUGCCUUAAAGCUAGGGUCAAAAUUUUUGGCCGGAGGAUUUGAUUGGUUUGGUCGUAACAGCAGAGUCAUCAUUACCACUCGAGACAAAAGUUUGUUAACAUGUCAUGGGAUUGAAAGAAUAUAUGAAGUAGAAGGCUUAAAUUGUGGUAAAUCUCUUGAAUUGUUUAAGCAGGUGGCUUUUAAAACUAAGAAAGUUGAUUCAAUUAAUGAUGAUAUUGUCAACCGUGCAAUUAGUUAUGCUUCUGGCCUUCCAUUAGCUAUAGAUGUCAUAGGUUCCAAUUUGGCAGGAACGCCUAUAACAGAAUGGGAAUCUAUAUUAGAUAAAUAUAAAAGGAUUCCUCCUCAUAAUAUCCAAAAUAUACUAAAAUUUGAUUUGGGAAAAAUUCGUGCUAAUUACGAUCAUUGCAUAAAACAUGAUGUUAGAGUGUUGGUUGAUAAAUCUCUCAUAAAGAUUCAUCGAUUUGGUAAUGUGAUAUUACAUGACUUGAUAGAGCAUAUGGGUAAAGAAAUUGUUCGAAAAGAAUCACCCGAUCAUCCUGAAAAACGCUCUAGAUUGUGGUUUCACAAAGAUAUAGUUGAAGUUUUAGAACAAAACAAGGGAACUAGUGAAACUAAAAUGAUAUAUCUCGAUUGCCCCUCAAAGGAAGUCGUAAAAAAUUUGAAUGGAGAUGCCUUCAAGAAGAUGACAAAACUAAAAACACUUGUCAUUAAAAAUGCUAAUUUUUCCGAAGGGUCCCAUUAUUUUCCAAAUAGUUUGAGAGUACUUGAAUGGGAAAAAUAUCCUUCAACACGAUUUAGUAUUUUGAACAAGGCAAGUGAAAUCAGUUAA